AUGGCGUCUUACGCGACUUGUCAUGAAGUUGGCCCGUUGUGCCCCGUUGAAGCUACGACAUAUGGCUAUUACCCCAAUUUCGGAGGCAAUGUGUUCUUCACUGUCUUCUUUGGUAUUCUCGGUAUAGCCCAAACCGGUCUUGGGGUUUAUUAUCGGACAUGGACAUUUUUGACCGCGCUCCUGAUCGGCACCUUCAUGGAAAUGGCGGGAUACAUCGGACGAGUCCUCAUGCACGAUAACCCUUGGUCGGGACCUGCCUUCAAGCUCCAGAUUGUGUGUCUAGUGUUGGCGCCUACUUUCGUCGCCGCCGGCGUCUACCUGACUUUGAAGCAUAUCAUUCUAAGCCUUGGGCCUCAACAUUCUGCCCUCAAGCCACGUCUCUUCACUUGGAUCUUUAUUGGCUGUGAUAUUGGAUCACUUCUCCUGCAGGCUGCUGGAGGUGGUGUGGCUGCAGCUGCCGGAAACACCGACCUGGAUAUGCUCAAGGCUGGAGACAACAUCAUCAUUGCUGGUAUCGCCUUCCAGGUUGCCACUAUGGCUGUUUGUGGAAUCUUCGCUGUCAUCUUCUUUGUGAGAGUGUUUAAGCGCGGCGAUGGAUUCGCAGGCGAGAAGAGCCUCGAUACAGGCCUUUCGACUAUCGUUCCCAAGUGGAUGCCCUUUGUCGUGGGCGCCGAGGUUUUUGCUUAUUUCACCGUGUUGAUUCGGUGUAUUUACCGUCUUCCCGAGAUGGCUGGUGGCUGGGGAAACCCUUUGAUGCAAAAGGAAAAUGAAUUCCUCGUUCUUGAUGGAAUGAUGAUUGCCUUGGCUUGCUUAGCCAUGACCCUCUUCCACCCAGGCAUCUUCCUCCCAUCUCUACGAUUUCCAUCCAAGGCCCGCGCCUAA